GAGGAGGGGGGGGGCGGAGAAAUGGCCCAUAGCAACAAACCUCAGAACAUUCAGUUCUUAGCAGCAGUCACUUGCAGAUCCGCCGGACAUACAGCUACUAUAUACUAACAAUUCUUCUCGUAUAAGAAGCGGGGUUUUUCUUCCUCUCACAUACAUCGCAUUUAUUUCAUUUCAUUUCUAUUCUAUUUCAGUUUUUUUGGGGGGGGGUAGUAGGGAGGUUCCUGAGGAGAUUCCCGGAUAUCUUUGGAGCGACAUGAGCUGUCUCUCUUCACUGCUACAACUCUGAGGACUAUAUAUAUAUAUAUUUUACACGUUAGUUAGCUGCUUAGCUAACCAACCUUAAAACAGUUUGAGGUUGAACCUUCGAAGCUGUUUAAGACGAAAAUGGGCUCAACAAAACCAGCUGGUGUGAUAGCAUACAUCUGCUCCUCCGGCUCUGCCUCCAGCUCCAAAUCCUGCUUGAAUGACUGUUCCAGUGUCCACUCACAGUCCUCAUCCCCUCCCCCUUCAACAGCACUGAGCCUGAAGAUGGAAAUGCCCAGCGCCAGGCCUCUGAGUGUCCCUAAACCCCCCAACUCUCGCAUGCCUGUGUCAGAGAAGAGCGCAACCAAGAGCAGCAUCACGAAGCUGAACGGCAUGGUGCUGCUGUGUAAAGUGUGUGGCGACGUGGCUUCAGGAUUUCAUUACGGCGUUCACGCUUGUGAAGGUUGCAAGGGCUUUUUCCGGAGGAGCAUUCAGCAGAAUAUCCAGUAUAAGAAGUGCAUGAAGUCUGAGAACUGCACCAUCAUGCGCAUAAACCGAAACCGCUGCCAGCAGUGCCGAUUCAAGAAAUGCCUAGCAGUGGGGAUGUCACGGGACGCCGUGCGGUUUGGACGCAUUCCAAAGCGGGAGAAGCAGCGCAUGCUCCUGGAAAUGCAGAACGCUAUGAACAGCGUGAUGACCGGCGCCCAGCUGCACCAGGUGCUCCGAGAGUCCAGCUCCUGCUCUCCCUCGUCUUCCUCUUCCUCUCCAUCACCCCCGUCCUCACCGCAGUGCUGUCCUGACUCCGAGUCCUCCGUGCCCAUGGACACUAUGAGCUUGGCCUCGUCCUGUUCCUCAGACAGCGGCGAGGAGGAUCCGGCGCCUCGACCUGACGGAUUUCAUCUCGCACAGUCGGGGGGCGCCCUUUCCCUGGGCCUCUCAGAACGACUGAGCAACAGCAACGCGACAAACAUCCACAACUCUCCCUGUGAAAGUCGGCAGCAAAUCACUAUCCGGUACCACAGCAGCGCUCAGCCUGAUAACGCCUCGUACUGCCACUACAGCAGACCCAAUCUGAACGAGCUCGCUGGAAUACCAGCCAACCGACGGCACCUGGUGUGUCCCAUGAACGUUUCACCCGUAGUGGACCCGUCCAAGUCCAGCCACGAGAUAUGGGAGGAGUUCUCUAUGAGCUUCACUCCUGCCGUGCGAGAGGUGGUGGAGUUUGCCAGGCAGAUUCCCGGCUUUUGCGAGCUCUCGCAACACGACCAGGUCAGCCUGCUCAAGGCUGGAACAUUCGAGGUGCUGAUGGUGCGCUUCUCCUCGCUGUUCGACGUGAAGCAGCGCACAGUGAGCUUCCUGAGUGGGCGGAGCUACAGCGUGGAGGCUCUGCGCUCCAUGGGCGCCGGAGAACUGCUCUCGUCCAUGUUCGACUUCAGCGAGAAGCUCGUGGCGCUGCAGCUCAGCCCCGAGGAGACGAGCCUCUUCACUGCACUCGUGCUCGUGUCUGCCGACCGCACCGGGAUAGAGGACGUGAGCUUGGUGGAGGCUCUGCAGGAGAACCUGAUCAGAGCUUUAAGGAACCUGAUCACGAAGAACCACUCGAACGAGGCGGCCGUCUUCACCAAGCUGCUGCUGAAGCUGCCGGAGCUUCGUUCCCUCAAUAACAUGCACUCAGAGGAGCUGCUCUCCUUCAAGGUCCACCCUUAAAAACGGGACGGACGUGCUGUCCUCUCUCGGACCAAACCGGGCUGUACAUUUCCCUCCUGAAUGUAUUUAACACAAAGGAUUUAUUAUUAUUAUUAUUAUUAUUAUUAUUAUUAUUAUUAUUAUUACUACUACUACUACUAUGUCAAAAGUUUUUAGGAACUGUGGAAGUCCAGAGAAGUGGUGUAUUUUUUAUUUAUUUUUUUUCUUCUGUCUCGGUCUCACACUCGCACAGCAAAGUAUAAGAUAAAUGGGUUGCCAGAUUGGAGUGAAAUUUUUAUUUUUUUUUUUUUUUAAAUUCAGUCACAGUUUAAACCCUUUACAAAUAAACCUCCAGCUUCAUGCACUUAAAUGUAAUAUUAGCUAGGAUAAUUUCUUGUUUUUCCCCCCCACAGCUAGGAUGAAAUUAGAUGAGGAAGGGUUAGGGUUGGUCUUUAGACCUUAAUGUUUGGCCAGCUUGGUCAGAAGAUGUUGAUUCAUGUUCUCUAACUACAGGUCUAACGGUAGUUCUGGCUGUAAAUCAAAUAGAAGGUUUAUAUUAACGCGAUUGUUCUGAUAUGUUAUCGUUUCUACAGUACACUACCGGUCAAAAGUUUGUGGACACACGACCAAAAUGUUUCUCACGAUCUUAAAAACCUUUUGAUCUGAAGGUGUGGGAUUAAACGCUUCUUUCAUUAGAAAACGAACAUUUCGAUGACAAAAAAAAUAUUUUUUAGACGGACGACUCGGAGCGAAAUAUUCCGAAAAGCAGCCGAUGAGAGUCCGGCGUAGGUGUGAACUCCUUUAAUACUGUUUAAAAAUCAUCUCAGGGAAAUUCCUCAAGAAAUCGGUCGAGAAAAUGCCAAGAAUACAUUUCUGGAAAUUCUCGGCAAAAAGGGCGUCUACUUUGAAGAUGCUAAAAUAUUCAAUUAUUUUGAUUUGUUUUGGAUUUUUUUUUUAUCACAACAUCAUUUCCAUAGGUCCAUUUGUGUUAUUCCAGAGUUUUGAUGACUUUAUUAUUAUUCUAAAAUGGGGGGGGGUUAAUUUUUAGAAUGUGCAUGUCUAAAUUUUGACCGGUAGUGUACGUCUGACGAGAGGCUGGUGAGGAAAUGACCGUUUAUAGCUGUACCGUAACUUGAAGAGGAGUAAAACACUUCAGGGCAUACCGGUAUAGGGAAAUAAUAAGCUUCAGGGUGGGAACAGUAAUCCGUUGUUGAUUAUGUUGCUGAGUGUUUUAUUCCUUACAACAAGGACAGAAAAGAAAAAAAACAAAACAAUAUUACAUCACAGCUCUGGACUUUUAUAAGGAACAGAAUGCUGUAUUUUGGUGUACGUAUAUAAUAUAUACAGUAUAUAACCUGUUUAAAGUCUGAAUUGCACACGUUGUGGUAUCGAUGGUGUGGACAGCACAGGUGAGACGGAGACAGAGAUCACUGCUGUAACGUCGACCCGAGCGUGUCGAGUCAUGACCGUCCAGGUCCUGCGCUUGCUUCUCUGCACUACUCUUUGCACACUCGACAAAAGGACGGAAUUGUAUCAAAGUUUCUGGAAGGUGCAAUAGGUGCUAACGCAUGAUUUCUGUGUAUUUGAAUAGUUUAUUGUGGCAUCCUGUUCAAAAAAACGUCCUACUUUAUCCGUUUUUUUUGUUGUUGUUUUUUUUUGGAGCUUGGGCUCCUCCUCCAUCGUCGUCAUCAUAUCAUUGUGUGUAAAAUGUCUUUUGUAUUUUAUUCAUGAAUGUAUAACAUUAGCCAGGCUGCACGUUAAGGCGGCGCUUUUAAAAGACGGGAAGUCGGUGCGACACGGUGACGCGGAUCAGAACUGACGCGCACGUGCGUGUGAACGUAAAAGCUCCGUAUGUAAGUCUAUGCAGAACGCUGACACCACAGCAGGAUGACCCAUUGGAGGACAUCUUCCAUCGUGGUAACAUCACUGGAGAAAUGUUUUCUAUCAAGAACAAAAGCACCUACGGACUUGACAGGAAGUGUAUACGGACGGUUGCAUGUGUGUGUUCUUUAAAGAUGAUUCUGAAGCAAGCUAUAAGAGAUUAAGUGGAAACCUCCUCUCCUCAUGACUAUGCAGCUCGACAGUGCGGACUUUUAAUACGUAAACCAUGCUAAAGAAGCGCUAUAUAUGUCAUGUAAUGUAAUGUAAUGUUAUAUUCUCUAUGUCCACAUUGUGCUCUGUUGUGUAAGAUAUCUAUCUAUAUAUAGUAUAUAAAUAAAUAUCUAUUAGUCAACUAUAUAAAA